GCUUUCCUAACCAUCACCAUCUCCAUCUCCAUCUCCAUCUCCCCCUCUCUCUUUUUUCUCUCUCUCUCUCGAAAACUAGGCAAAGAGAGCAUAGCAAAUGGGGCGUACCCAAGGAGACCCAUCACCACAGUCCCAACCACCAUCUAACCCAUCACCACCACAGCCUCAAGAGUAUCACUAUGAUCAACAAGCCACUGAUGAUAUUCCUCCACCACCACCCUUUGAGGCUUACACCGAUGAAAACCACCACCACCACCACCACGAACACGGCGGCUCAUCAGACCCAAAUGUAACUAACAACAACCAAAACCAACAACACUUCCAGCCUCCACCACCAUCACCACCACCGUCUCAGCCUCAGCCACCACAAGCGGCGGCUCAGCCUGUUCGAUUCCCACCUCAAUUCCCACAAGCAAAUAAUGGGAGUCAGCCUCCGUCAUAUCCACCUAAAAACCCACAAAUGGUUGCACCGCGAACUCCGCCAAGAAACUACCCACCUCAAGGGGAGCCAGUGCAGUUUCCACCACCACCACCACCGUCUUCUCAGACGGCUUACCACCAGGCUUCUGCUUCUGAGCCCGUGCAAUUUCCACCACCGCCGCCUCCUUCUCAGGCUACUUACCACCAGGCUUCUGAGCCUGUGCAAUUCCCUCCACCACCUUCUCAGGCCACCUACCACCAACCUCAACAGCAAGUGCAAUUUCAGCAGCAGGCGCAGCAGCAGCAGAUGGGAGCACAGAUGGCUUACAAUGUCAUGCCGCCUUCGCCGAUGAAACCAACGGUUCAGAUGAAUGGCGUCGCGUCUGGGUUUCCGGUGAAUCAAUAUCCAAUUCCACAGGUUGGGACUGAGGGUUGGAAGACUGGGCUGUUUGAUUGCAUGGAUGAUCCUUUAAAUGCAAUUAUGACAGUGUGCUUCCCAUGCUUAACGUUCGGGCAGAUCGCAGAAAUCAUUGACAAUGGCCACACCUCAUGUGCGACAAGUGGGAUGUUGUAUGGAUUGAUUGCUUGCGUCAUCGGAAUGCCAUGUCUGAUAUCAUGCGGCUACCGGAGUAAGCUGAGAAGCCGAUAUGGGCUGGUGGAGUCGCCGGCUCCGGACUGGAUAACUCACUUCUUCUGUGAGCAUUGUGCUCUUUGUCAAGAAUAUAGGGAGCUUCAGCAUAGGGGUUUGGACCCUUCUAUUGGAUGGCUUGGAAACGUGGCUAGGCAGCAACAGCAGCCGCAGGUUGCAAUGGUGGCACCUAUGAACCAAACCAUGAUGGGUUGAUUACAAAAUUUGAUUGAAUUGGAAAAGUUGUGCCUUUUUUUCUCAGUUGUAAUUUAUAAUUUCCACUUGUGUUCUUAUAUAUACAUGUUGUGUUAUGCUUGAAAUUUGCUUCUUUUUUUUUUUUUAUCGAAGAGACGCAUAAAUAUAUGUGUUUCCUGCAAACUAUGUGAAAUACAGAAAUGAUUCCAUGAUAAUGUUAAUUUUAAUAAUUGCAUUUUUAA